CAUGCUUCUUCUGGAGCUUAGAAAAGAUCUCCCCAAGUUACCACAAACAGCAACCGGCAAUUGACACUCCAUCUGUAAGAAAGGAUAAAAUGGAAGCUUACCAACUGGAGAUGAUGCCGGGAAUGACGCUGAAGCUGAAGGGGAAAAUUACUGACGAUUCAGAUGGCUUCGUGAUCAAUCUGGGCCACAGCCCCAAAGAUAUAGUGCUACAUUUCAACCCCCGAUUUGAAGAGGACGUCAUCGUCUGCAAUUCCCAGGUGUGCGGCAAGUGGCAGAAGGAGUAUAGAGACGAUCACCUGUGUUUUGAACCAGGGGACGAGAUAAAGCUUUUAGUGACCUUUGACGAAGAUGAAUUUCAGGUGAAGCUUCCUGAUGGCUACCAGGUGACAUUCCCCAACCGGGAGAGUUGCUGCCACAUCUCCUACUGCUGCGUGAAGGGCGGUUUCAGUCUCACCGCCUUCAAGCUGGAAUGAGGGAGGACAACAAUGGGGGAGCUUCCCCCUCCCCCCUUAGCCCCA